UUAUUGUCAUGUCGUUUUAACUUUCGUUUUCCAAAUAGUCGCCGAUGGACUGCGCCCUGUUAUAACCUUAAUAUGAUAGGAUCCGUCCAGCAAUAAUCGCUUAGUAUGGAGAGUCCUGAGGUCCAUACAUGGAAAGUACUACAGUGCUUACUUUGUAAAAGACCCGAAGAGUCGCUUGUAACAGGACCCCUCUCGACCAAGAACUACGUGACUGCACAUCAAAACUGCCUGCUGUACUCCUCUGGAAUUUUCUGUGAGAACACCCCAGAGCAUGAUGAUCUGUUUGGGUUUUCUGUGGAGCACGUGCAGGAGGAGGCAAAGCGCGGGUCCAAACUGAAAUGUGACGACUGUAAGAAGUCUGGAGCCACCGUUGGCUGUGAGGUAAAGCGAUGCACCAAGUCUUUCCACUUCCCGUGUGCUAUCGGGGCCGGAGCAAAAACUGUGGAAGGCAAAAAGGGGACAUACGCGGUGUAUUGCAAAAAACACAGUUCACAAAAUGAAGGAGGGGCCAAUGGAGUCUCCUCAGCAGAUUCCUCUGACUCCUCCACACGGCACUCAUCAAAGGUUUCUCAUUGUCACCGUAAAAGGAACAGAGGAACUAGUCAUUUGGAUAAUUCCAGAAAUGAUAUUGCAACUGAAAACCAUGAAACCCCCCGCGGCAGACCCUUCAAUGGUGAUUCAAUUCCAGGACCGUCUACCAGUUCAGACAGUCGCAGACCUUUGAAGGUAAAAGAUAGACGAUUGAGUUAUGAAAGGUAAGCUAAGCUCUUUAGUGUGUGUGUGUGUGUGUGUGUGUGUGUGUGUGUGUGUGUGUGUGUGUGUGUGUGUGUGUGUGUGUGUGUGUGUGUGUGUGUGUGUGUGUGUGUGUGUGUGUGUGUGCGCGUGUGUGCGCGUGAGCGUGUGUGUUCUGUCCUGCUUUCUGAGCUCUGCUAAAUGUUUUGAACACUUAUGCCGCG